CUCUAUUUAUUUAUAACCAUAUUUCCUUCUCUACCCAAUCACAUCUCAUCUCUCUGUUUUUGCUUUCAUUCAUCCCAGGACUCGACUUGAUUCACUGAAUCUCAACCAUGGCUGAUUCUAACGGUAGCGUCAUUGAGGCCAACUUGGUGGAAACAAAGGAUGGAACCAUUUCUGUGGCUUCUGCUUUUGCUGCGCAUCAAGAAGUUGUACAGGAUAGAGACCACAAAUUCUUAUCACAAGCAGUUCAGGAAGCUUACAAGGGAGUUGACAAUGGAGAUGGAGGGCCAUUUGGUGCAGUUAUUGUUCGUAAUGAUGAAGUAGUUGUCAGCUGUCACAACAUGGUUUUGACACAUACUGAUCCAACUGCACAUGCGGAGGUUACUGCUAUAAGAGAGGCCUGUAAGAAGCUGAAUCAGAUAGAGCUGUCAGAUUGUGAAAUAUAUGCAUCUUGUGAGCCAUGUCCAAUGUGUUUUGGUGCUAUUCAUCUUUCAAGACUUAAGAGGUUGGUUUACGGAGCCAAAGCUGAAGCAGCCAUUGCAAUUGGGUUUGAUGAUUUCAUCGCUGAUGCAUUAAGGGGCACUGCAUUUUAUCAGAAGGCUCACUUGGAGAUCAAGAAAGCUGAUGGCAAUGGUGCACUUCUCGCUGAACAAGUAUUUGAGAAAACAAAGGCCAAGUUUGCCAUGUAUUGAUCUUUCAUCAUAAUCUUUCAUUGUGAAAAUUGCACAAUAACUGGUCUAAAACUCAAUUCUCUGAUUACAAACAUCGACUGUACAGAUUCAGUUGAAUCAAAAUUCGGUGGUUCAGUACAGUUGCAUCAAUUAUGAAUUUUCAUUAUAUUGUCAGC